UCUGUCAUCUGCGCAUGUUCUGGAAGCUACCACAACGUGCUUCUGAAAUAUAUGUCAACAUGGAACUCGAGGUAGACGAAGCAUCAAAAUCACUGGUAGCCUCGUGGUUUUCCGAUGAAAGCUUCGACGCAGACCCUGAUGACACACCAUCUAAAAAGAAGAAGAACAAGAAAAAGGCAAAAGUUGAAAAAACAGAACCUCCAGUUGUAAAGCAGAAAUUAAUCAAUGGAAGCAAACAAUUUUCCUCGCCCUCUAAAGAAACAAAGUCCGCAAAGAACAUCAGCAGUGUGGCAUCAUUUGUGGAGGAAAAACUGAAGAAAAAACUGAAAAAGUCUAAACAUAUUAAAGAUGAUGAGAAAAAGGAAACGGAGAUGAAAUUUACAGGUAUGAAGAAGAGUAAGUCGUCUACAGCUGCUGACAACAGUGAGGAGGAGGAGGAGGAAGAGGAAAGUAAAGCUGCGCUUGUUGGAAAGAAGUCCCCCAGCCAGUCUCCAAUUAAAAAGCACACAGCAGAGAGUAUACAAGAAAAACUCAAGGAUGGUACCAUAUCAGACAAGGCAAAGAAGAGGCUAAAGCAGAAACUUAAUGCUCUUUUAAGCAAACAAACAGAGGGGAGCAAGUCUACUGAAAACCAAAAUAGAAAAAACAACAGUCACACAAAAGUUGAGAAGAAAAAUAAAGUAAAAGCAAAGGAGGGUAAAACUGUAUCUAAACUAGUGAAUGGAGACGAUGUCGAGGGAACCAACGCCAAAGGAGAUGGAGCAACUGAGAAGAAAAAAAGAAAAAAAGAGAAGAAAAUAAUGGAAAAAAAGGAGAAACAACUGGAAUCAGAUGACACAACAGAAGCAAAGAAAACAGAGAAAUCAAAGCCUAAAAAGAGACCAAAGGAAGAGAGUUCCUCUGAUGAAUCAGAUGAUGAUGAUGAUGAUGUUCAAACAGUAACGAAAAAACCAAAGGUCAAAAUGUCAGAAGAUUCUGGUACCCCUGACCGUUCCAAACACAGCAUAGUAACUCUGGAACAAAGACUGAAACUCGCGUCUUCACAAGUAACUCGUAAAAAUAUCAGGAAGAAGAUCGCUGAGCUGAAAGGGCAACAGCAAUCCCGGUCUACCCCGACAACUGUUGGAAGGGAGAUGAUGGACAUGUCGUCCGACAGCAGCGAAUCGGAAGAUUCUAGUGGUCCCAUGAAAACGGCUACAAAGAAAACAAAGUCGGUCAAGUCUCCUGAAAACAAAUCUCUCAUUGAUAAACUGAAGAAGAUGCACAGUUCAUCACUAGAAAAGUCUGUCAAUAGUACCCCUAGCACGCCAGCCAGCUCUAAGAAACGAUCAGCAGAAGAUGCAAGCAUGGACAAUGACUCGCCAACAAAAUUGAAAAAAAAAUCCAAAGUCAAGGUUGAAGGGGAUGAUGCUACACAGAGCCCAGAGAGGAGUUUGGAAGAACGACAAAACUAUUUUGUUCAGAGACUUGAAGACAAAAGCCUUUCUACAGCAACAAGGAAGCGAAUUCGGAGGCAAAUAUUGAAACUAAAAGAAGCACAAAGUUCAGGAACAGAAGUCUCUACAACAGUAAAGGAUACCAAAACAAAAAAGGCAGAUAAAAAAACAAAAGUAGCUAAAACAAAAAAAGCAGAUGAAAAAACAAAAGUAGCUAAAACAAAAAAGGCAGAUUCAAAAACAGUGGUAGCUAAAACAAAGAAGCCAGAUUCUCCAAAAAAGAAAGGCAAGAAAAAGAAAGAGGAAAAAGAAUCAGAUGAUGAAGAUAUGGUGAAGGAAAGUGAAGGAUGGGAGACUGAUGAGAACUCGGCUGUAGAAAGUGUGUCAGAGGAAGCCCCCAAAAAACAGAAGAAAGCUAAGGAGGGACACAUAAAAAAACGGGUAAAGAAAAGGAGUAAACAAAAGAACAUCAAGAAGGACAACAGACCAGACCAUCUGAAACCACCUCACUUAAGAAUGGCAGCUAAAACGGGAUCAGAUGACUCGUCCUAGCUAUAAUUUAGACAGCUCUUGUGAAAAUUACUGAGAAUUCUUACUGUCUCCGUGGAAAAAUUGUCCAACAUGAGUAUUGGCUGUGAGACCUACAGAAUUAUGCUGUACGUGAGGUCCACUCUCACUAGAAACAACUAGGUUACCUGAAAAAUGUGUUCAAGAUUCUGCCUGAACAGAUCUCUGUAUUAAUGGAUUUGGUACAAAAAAAAUGUUUUGUUUUACAAUUAUGUGUUAUUGAGACAAUGGGUGAUGGAUAUCGAUGGGAGUGUAAUAACAGAUAGCUAAAUGUCUAUUAUCUACCACAUCCUUAUCUGAGGUGAAGUGAUCAAGAAAAUUGGCAUCUAUGUUGAAGGAAUUUAAAGGGAUUACAUUGCCAGAAGACAAAACAGUAUAUCUUCCUCACAUGAAAUUCUUUCCUGUCAGGUGUCCGUCUUGGUAUCCCUCUUUAGAUCUUUAUUACCUUAUGUGUUCUGAUCACAACAAACAUUGCUAGGAGUAGUCCUAAUUAUCUGUAUGGUUGUAUUAUUGUUCUAUAUUUGUAUAAUGUAAUAUGUCUUGCUCUGGUAGUAGGGGAACAGGAGGGCAAUAAGUGUAGUACAGUGUGAUCAGCCAAAUGAUGAAAUCACAAUUAAGUUCAAGAUACACAUCAAUCAUUUUUAAUAUGAUUGAAAAUUAGCAAAAAAAAUUCUUACUUUUCGAGUAAAUUUUAUUUGCUUACGGUGUAUAAAGGCAAUUUGUACAUGAAGAUGUAUUUGUUUUCUUCCCUUGGUGGGAUUUUUAGACAGAUAGGCUGGACAAUGACUAUGUUGUUAUUGAGAAAAUAUUUUUAGAAAAUUUGACUUGAAGCAGCAGAUUCUGGUAAAUUUUACUGGUGUACAAUGUAUAGAGAGAACUUGUUAAUUGAGAUCAUGUUUGUUUUCUUCAUUUGAUAAUCUUUAUCGACAGCUACGUCUGAUAGUGAUAUUGUUAUUGAGAACACGUGUUAAGAAAAUAAACUUGAAUAAUUGGAUUACGGAAUAUGAACGUGAUUGAUCAAUUCCGUGAUUUCCAGCCUUACUUCUUGUCAAUAUAGUUUUAUCACAUAAUGUACUGUGUUAUACAGUGAAUAUACCCAUAUCAUAUUUUUUGCGUAUUAACCCAUGUAA